ACAAUGUCAAGCCAAGCAUUGCAUUCUUGGCCUGGGGUCACCCUUCCACUGGUCAGGGGCACCAGGCAGGGGAGGGAGAGAGAAGAGCCAGGGGCUCUGUCUCUCUUUCCUCCAGCCAUCAUGCCCAUGAUGUGUGCGGGGCCAGUAUGACACCGUUCCUAUCCAGUCCAGUGUGGUGUUAUGUUCUUGCCCGUCCCCAUCAAUGGUGAGGACCCAGACUGAGUCCGGCACGGCCCCCGGCAUUCCCAGUGGUGGUAGCAGACAGGCCCCCACCAUGGACAGCACCGCGGCUGAGUCUCGACCGAGCACCAACUCGCUGCAACACACCACACAGCCGCCACCACAGCCUCGGAAGAAACGGCCUGAAGACUUCAAAUUUGGGAAAAUUCUUGGUGAAGGCUCUUUUUCCACAGUUGUUCUAGCCCGAGAACUGGCAACCUCAAGGGAAUAUGCUAUUAAAAUUCUAGAGAAACGUCACAUUAUCAAAGAGAACAAGGUCCCGUAUGUAACCAGAGAGAGAGACGUGAUGUCACGCCUGGAUCACCCGUUCUUUGUUAAACUUUACUUCACAUUUCAGGAUGAUGAAAAGCUGUACUUUGGUCUUAGUUAUGCCAAAAAUGGAGAACUACUUAAAUAUAUUCGCAAAAUUGGCUCAUUCGAUGAGACAUGCACCCGGUUUUACACGGCCGAGAUGGUGUCAGCUCUGGAGUACUUGCAUGGCAAGGGCAUCAUUCACAGGGACCUGAAACCAGAAAACAUUUUGUUAAAUGAAGACAUGCACAUCCAGAUCACAGAUUUUGGAACUGCAAAAGUACUAUCCCCGGAGAGUAAACAAGCCAGGGCCAACUCGUUUGUCGGAACAGCCCAGUAUGUGUCUCCAGAACUGCUCACAGAGAAAUCGGCGUGUAAGAGUUCAGACCUUUGGGCUCUCGGAUGUAUAAUAUACCAGCUCGUGGCAGGACUGCCGCCUUUUCGAGCAGGAAAUGAAUAUCUUAUAUUUCAGAAGAUCAUUAAGUUGGAGUAUGACUUUCCUGAAAAAUUCUUCCCUAAGGCAAGAGACCUUGUGGAAAAACUUUUGGUUUUAGAUGCCACGAAGCGAUUAGGCUGUGAGGAAAUGGGAGGGUACAGCCCCCUGCGAGCUCAUCCAUUCUUCGAGUCCAUCACAUGGGAGAACCUGCAGCAUCAGACGCCUCCAAAGCUCACUGCCUACCUGCCAGCGAUGUCGGAGGAUGAUGAGGACUGCUACGGAAACUAUGACAACCUCCUGAGCCAGUUUGGCUGUAUGCAGGUGUCUUCGUCUUCCUCCUCCCACUCCCUGUCCGCCUCGGACGCAGGCCUGCCGCAGAUGGCGGGCAGCAACAUCGAGCAGUAUAUCCAUGAUCUGGACACUAAUUCUUUUGAACUGGACUUAGAGUUCUCCGAAGAUGAGAAGAGGUUGUUACUGGAGAAGCAGGCCAGUGGAAACCCUUGGCACCAGUUUGUAGAAAAUAACUUAAUACUAAAGAUGGGUCCCGUAGAUAAGCGAAAGGGCUUGUUUGCACGACGACGACAGUUACUGCUCACAGAAGGGCCACACUUGUAUUAUGUGGAUCCUGUCAACAAAGUCCUGAAAGGUGAAAUUCCAUGGUCACAAGAACUCCGACCAGAGGCCAAGAACUUUAAAACCUUCUUUGUGCACACGCCAAACAGGACGUAUUACCUGAUGGACCCGAGUGGGAAUGCUCACAAAUGGUGCAAAAAGAUCCAGGAAGUGUGGAGACACAGAUACCAGAGCCACCCAGAUGCCGCCGUGCAGUGACACGUCCACGGCUGCUGCACUAGCUGCCAGGACACGUGCCCCAGCGUGGCUCGCCGCCCUCCGGGACACUUCCAGACCACCUGCCAGCCAUCUCAAGGGGGAUGCAGACGGCGGAACCUUGCAGCUUUUUUAUUUAAAAGAAAAGAAAAAAAUGCCCAACCACACAAAGAACAAAACCAAUAACGAAAAGGAAUUCAGGGUUGCUUUGCUUGCUCUCUGUGCUCUGUGGAGGCUCCCCAAGCUGUCCUUGCCAUGGGGACCCAGCGCCACGCACGUCUGCCUAAUUCCUGCCCGGGCGAGUGGAACAGACUUGAGUCACCAGCUCUGCACCACAUGCCCUGGUCACCUGCCGGCCAGUCCUCCUGUGGCGGAGGGGAGGGGCAUGUGCCUCCCAGAACCCGUCGGCAGGGAGCUGUGUGCACCUCUGCCGAGGGUGGCAUCCAUCUUUUUGGGGUGGGAGGGUUCCUGGCUUAGGUCUGUGUGCUCCUUUUCUUGUGUCCCUACUUGCUGCCCCCUGUGCCCCACCAGGGUCCCUCGCUCACCUUCUUGCAUAGCUCUGGCUGUGAGAUCUCUGUGGCUGUGCACACUCCAUGCCUUGUGUGUAUCGGGCAGGCUCCAGGUGGGGAGAUAUGGAGCGGGCUGUUGGGGUGCACUACCAGGCCGCUGCUGGGGUUGGAGGGUGCCAGCGGGCUUUGGGAUUGAAUGUCCCUCUGAGCGGGGUGGUUUUACAGAGCUAGAAAGCAAGCUCGGGCCUGGAAAAGGUACUGUCCAAGGUGGGCACCCGGUUGUGCUAGGAGAUAAGGCGGUGCCCUGCUCCGUGUGAGGCCACGGCAGCAGGGCAGACUGGGCCUGCGUCCCCCACGUGGAGGGGUGCUGCCUGGUGAGCGCCUCUUGAGUGCUUAGAGGGUGGAACAUGCAGAUCCCCCCACCCCAGAGCAGUUUGCUGGGGCUGAGGGACUCCGGGUGCCUGUGGUCUCCCAGCACGUUUACGUCUCCACAGUGAAAGUCUGGAAACCUUCUCAUGCUGCCAGGUCAUUUAUCUCCAUCGAGAUGUGGACCUUGCCCGGAAGAAAAUGUUGCUCACCUUGCACAAGGGGUAGGAACGCCACACUGGAGACCGAGCACCCAGGCCGCUCACCCCCUCUACUUUCAGGCUGCCUGCCUUUCACCUUGCAGAGGUGGCACAAUGCUGUAUACUGCAGCAGGUCCAGGAUUUACCAGUCCUUUGAUUUCUUUGCUGCUCCCUGGACAUAGGAUGGCUGUGGGCCUGGUGGGCUCGGCGUUCCUCUUCCUGCCCAUGUUGUCCCUGGAGGGCAGUCCGCAGUCCAGGUGGGAGGGAAGGAGGCACUACUGCUUGCAAGUUCCUCACAGGCACGUCUCUCUGCCUCUGGGGGAUGAACAACUGUGCGGUUUCCUUCAGGCUUUCACGAAGGCACCAGCACAAGGUUCACACGGGAAAGAUUCCCCCUGACGACUCUGCCACCCGUCUCGUAUUUCGAACAAACCAUCCGUCUCCCCCUGUGUUGACAGGUGGUCCAAAUCAAGAUAAAAGAUGCUUUGUCAAAUGGGUUUAGUGAUAAGAGUGACCCUUGUCAGCCUGGGAGGGAAGUGUGGCUGUGGAGGUCUCAGGGCAAGCGGUGAGGGUGCACAGGAGCAGAGGUGGGGCAAGGUUUCUGGUGGCUUCCACUGGGGUCUCGUGCACUGCUCUGUGAGAGUUGCGUGUGAGCAAACGAGCAUGUGUGCAUGCUCUUGGGAAACCCUGGGGAGCGGGACACUGUCCUGGGCCAGGGGUAUAGGUCAAGCUCCCCUCUUCUCCUCGCUUUUGAAAAGACUUGCUCUGUUCAUCUGCUUUUCAAACAAUAAGUCUCGCAGGCUUUCAGGAAGGUCGUUUCCAGCUUACUCCCCAUGUUGUUGAUACGUUUACUUUUCUCAGAACACCGGUGUCCGUGGGCAUGCAGUUGGGAGAGUUGGGGGCCCGCUCUUGCCCACUGUUCUUUCUGGGAUCUGGUUACAGGGACCUGGGCAGAGCUGGCAAGCAGAGCUGGCGUUGGGCUGUAACAGGAGCCCUCAGCUGAGCUGCUCUGGGAGGGACGCAGCUUCCAUUGCAUUCUUCCCCCUGCACGGCGCCACUACCUCCCAGGCUUCACCCACCAGUUCCAUCUUAACCUCCGAAACCAGAGAAUGAGGGGCUCAGGCUUCAGCUGGCAGCCAACAGAGCUGAAGGGACUGCCCUUGCCCAAGCCAGCGACAGCUGAGCCCUCCCUAGGCCAUCUUUCUCCUCUCGGAGCCUCCUUUCCCUUUUUAUUUUUUAAGGCACAUAAUACUCUUCCUGCCCCGUGCUUGUUCGUGUCACCUUUAGUUUUAUCCAGCUUGUCCUUAGAGCUGCUGUCCCGGCAUGCAGGUGCCUCCCGUUCUUAGACGUGGCUGUGGCCGUCAGUCCAGUGCGUACACAGCACACGUGGAAGUACAAGUGAUUCAUUCAAAGGGAGAAAGUGCCCUGUUGUUCAGCAGACCCAGAAGCCAUGUGUCUUACUGAGGGAAGGCAAGGACAAGGUGAGGUGCCAAACCACAAGCCCGCCAGGCAGGGCAAAUCCCACACUGCGUGGCUCCCCAGGCUCAGGUGGCCCACCGCACCUCACCCCUUUCUGGGAAUCCAGGGAGCCAGGCGCAGGUGGGGUGGUUUCCUGACCAGGACGGUGGAGGGGACGGGGGGUGGGGGGGUGGGGGGGGGUGGCUGGUGGCACUGCAGGGUGCCUGCUCUUCUGAACCCGCCCUACCCCAGGCCCCCACUACUGCCCUGUGGUAUUUGUGGCCCAGGCCCGUAGGGAUUGCGGGAGAUGGCCCUGUGGCACAGACUCCCCCAGGGCAAGGUGCCGGCACAGGAGCUCCAGGUGGUUCUGUACUUUCUAAAACAUUUGUGAGAAUAUCAACUGUAGGCUUACCACCCAGGAGAGACCACUGUGAACAUUUUGGUGUAUAGCCCCCCCCUGCACACAUUUGUUUGCUUUUUUAACUAAAUUGGGAACAUGAAACACCUAGUGUUCUGCAUCUAGCUUGUUUCACUCAAUUAUUUAUCUUCUGCAUUUCUCCACGUCAUGAACAAUGAUUAAAAACAUUCUUUUUAGUGACUGUAGAGCUUAAUGGUUAUAAAUUUUAUCAUAAUUUAUCUGACCAUUUCCCUGUUAUAAAACAUUUAGAUGUUUUUUGGUUUUUCACUAUUUAAAUAAUGCUGUGAUGAAUAUCCUCAUAAAUCUUUGAUUUUGACUCUGAGACUCUGAUCCCUGUGCCUCUCACCCCCAUUCCUAGAAGUAGUGUUUUUGGGUCAAAGAGUGUAUUUGUGUUAAAGGUGGUAUUAGUCAGUCUCUGUCUUGAUAUGAUGCUUAGAUGCUUAGAGUUCCAGUACAGAACCUAAGUUGUGUCCUACAGAUUCUGAACAAGUCAGUUUCUGGUAAGGUGUGUGUUCCAAAGAAUGUUUUAAUAAGACUGCUCUCCUAUUUUUUUUCAUAAUGCUAAAAUGAUACCAUUUAUUGCAGUCCAUUUGUGACCGACUUUUUUUCCAAAAACUAAUUUCCUUAUUUUUGUUGAAAGAAUCUGGUUAUGCUUGCAUGUUAUCUACCUUCCCCUCCCUGCUGCUACGGCUUUCAAGUGCUCAGUGAUAUUUUCAGAAGCUUGUACUGUGUCCACAAUGGUACUGAAUUUGCAUCCGCACAGGCAGCAGAGAUAAAAAGUGUUGAACUGACCUUGCCACACGCUUAGUGGAUGACUUGUAAUUAAGUUUGUAGACUCAGAAAAUCCGUUGGGCCAUUUGGAAUCAGUAAAAGAGCAAAUUCUCUCCUUGAAAAAGAGGCCAUGUAGGCAGUUGGGUUUUACAGAAGUUGAUUUGCCCCCAUGCCCUUCAGGUGGUGGCACUCAGUAGGAAGGUCUCCGCGGCUCUGCAUUCCGCUGUAGGCUGUAAGUGUGCGGGCCCGCGUGGGUUUCAGGGCUUCUCCCCUGCCCUCCCUCACCGUGUUGCAGGCUGUCUGGCCGUCUUCAAACCCAGACCACCCAAUUUGGUUUCAUUCCUAAUCUCUCACUUGAGUUUGGGGUCCAUUGAUGCUGAGGGGAGAGGUGUGUGAGAUUUAUUAGGGGCCAUGCUCAGUGUCACUUGAGUCUGCCAAGAUUUUGGCUGGGUUGUGCAGAAUUGGAUUUCCUGCCCUCCUCUGACAACCCAGGUCCCCUGUCCCCCAGGGUGGUCCUCAGACUGAGGGUGCUCACUCCCUUGCCAGAGUAUGAUGAAGGUACUGUUCUUAGGGAUGUUGCCAUGUACAUUUUAACACAGUCUCUUCAUCCAAAGCUCUGGAACUGAUGGUGACUCGAGUGGGUGUGGCACUUCCCUCUUAGGCGGCCUGCUGGCAAGUGCCUUAAGUCAGGAGUUGCCCCCCAAGUGUCUGGGGUGGUGCAGGCUGCUGGCCCAGGGCUGCCUGGGAGCACUGGUCUGGAGAAGGGAGCUGUGCCCACAGAGUGGGCCUGUCUGUAGCUGAAGACAGCUCGAUGGGCACCUGAACAGGCCACACGUAAACCUGAAUUGUCCCCAGAACCCACUUCUUCAGUAUGAGGAAGCACCAGACUUUGUGUACAGAGAACAUUUUUUACAAGAGGCAGACCUUUUUUAUAGUGUGUGAUCCACCCUAGUCCAACCCGCCUGGCAGGAUGACUUCCGAAUCGGGGUCGUUUUGCUGGUGAAAAGCCUCUGUCCUCACCAGAAGUUUGAUUGGACAUUGACAAAAAUAAAUUUUUCCAGUAUUUAGAGCUGCUGUAGCUGUUCCUUAACACAAAAUAGGAUGAAUCAGUAGUGUGUUAGCUGUCUUUCAGGUUGGUGGCAGUCAGUUAGAACAUGUGUAAAAUUCUCUACCUGGUCUGUAGCUGUAACUGUGAUGUACAGGCAAAGCAAAAAUUUAAAACUUAUGAAAACAAAUAAUGCAAUGAUAUUAGGAUAUACACUUUUGUAUUUUUAUUCUUAUAUAAGGUUAUUUGCCGGCUGUUGUUGGCCUCUAGUUCAGUCUGUGUUAUUUAAAAUCUAAUAUAUGAAUUAUUUGGAUUGAAUUCAUGUUUGGGGCCACGUUGUUGUAUGUAUUGAUGUACAGCCUUGAAUGUGAAUAAUUAUUGUAAACUAUAUUUUACAACUUUUUUUCUGGCUUUAUUAUAUAAAUUUUCUAUUCGGUCAAUGAUUUAAUCCUAUAAUUUAAUGAAUCUGUUUUCUUCUCUUUUUUUCAAAUAUUUGUGCUUUAGAUGUAGUUCCUGGAUGAUGAAUUUUCCACGUAUGCUCGGUAGUCUUGUAAUAAAGAGCAUGUAGAGUGUA